AUGCUCCCAAAGGGAUGUGAAAAAUUGUUGGUGAGAUUCAACCCAGCUUCCAAGGACCCUCUACCAAACCUCAACUCAAAGCAAGACCUAAUGGGAGAAUGGAGGAAGUACUUUGCGAAACUCCUCAACACACCUCCUGUUUCUUCAACUGUGGACAUUCCCCCAAUGGAAAUAGAUCUUCCAAUCAAAACUGGGGACUACACUCGUACAGAAGGUCAAGUGGUAAUCCAAAGCCUCAUGGACUCAAAAGCUCCCGGAAUUGACUCUGUUAUGUGUGCUGAAGCCAUUAAGUAUGGUGGCGAAAGACUGCUCGGCAGCUUAGUACUCUCCUCCACUCAUUCCCAAUGAGUAGAAAACUUUCAUCUGUGCUCCUCUUGCAAAGAAAGGUGAUCCAACUAAUAUGUCAUAUUACCGCGGCAUUACACUCAUGUCAAUGACAUCUAAAGUUUACAAUGGGCUUUUACUGAAUUGCGUUCGAGACCCACUUGAGAAAAUCCUGCGUGUUAACCAAGGUGGAUUUUGUAGCGAUUGCGGCUGUGUCGAGCAAAUGGACUUAUUACACUGAAUACUUGAAGGAGUCAGAGAUCAGAACCUCCCAUUCCUUGGUACCUUCGUUGAUUUUUCCAAGGCCUUUGACAGCAUCGCCAGACUGGUCAUGUUUCCUAUUCUCCGCUAUUAUGGGGUCCCAGACAAUGUAAAGAAAUCUUGGUCUCUAUACUCUGGUACCAAGUCAGCAGUUCUUGUUGACGGUGAAAUGUCAGGCGAAAAAAAUUGUCCUGCAAGGAGACACCCAAGCUCCCUUCCUAUUUGUCACUGUUUUUGA